UCCGUAAACAAAGGGCAUUGUGAAGGCGAGAGCUCCGGGAUGUGACCCCGGCUCAAGCUGCAGCUGUAGCAUCGGCGGCUGCAGCUGCGGCGGUGGCUUCAGAGGCCCCGGGGUCCUUGCAGGUUGAAGAAGAGGACCCCGAUCCCCUUCUUCCCCAGGUUAUAAGAAGCUGGCCUUGGUGCAGUAAGGAACUUAAAACAAUGGAGGAGCGCAAAGUGAAGAGGAGGAGUCCUAAGUCUUUUAGUGCCCACUCUACUCAGGGUGUUAAUGCCAAAAAAAAUGCCAUUCCAGUUAGUAAAAGCACGGGGUUUUCAAAUCCUGCAUCACAGUCAACUUCACAGCGACCAAAGUUAAAAAGAGUGAUGAAAGAAAAGACCAAACCUCAGGGUGGAGAAGGCAAAGGCGCUCAGUCAACCCCGAUCCAGCACUCUUUCCUCACCGACGUCUCCGAUGUCCAGGAGAUGGAGAGGGGGCUCCUCAGCCUUUUGAAUGACUUCCACUCUGGAAAACUCCAAGCAUUCGGAAAUGAAUGUUCCAUUGAACAGAUGGAACAUGUACGGGGAAUGCAGGAGAAAUUAGCUCGCUUGAAUUUGGAGCUCUAUGGGGAGCUAGAGGAACUUCCUGAGGAUAAGAGAAAAGCAGCCAGUGACUCCAAUCUGGAUAGGCUUCUGUCUGAUCUAGAAGAAUUGAAUUCUUCCAUAAACCCUAGAGCUGCACUGUCCAAUAUGGCAGCCACUAGCCAAGUAACUACUGAGCACACAAAGUGUCGGCAACAUGGAUUGACAUGUGCUUUAAGUAUAACGUGCACACCUGAUUUCAAAGAUUUAGAAUGAAAAGAUGUAAACUAUCUCAAUAUUUUUAUGAUUACAUGUUGAAAUGAUAAUUUCAUGAUUAUGAGUAUAAGUAAAAUAUUUUUAAAACUAUGUCUGUGGCUUACAUUGUAUUUCUAUUGGACAGUACUGCUGUAGACUUUAGACAUCGCCACUGAGUUAUUCUUCCUAAAACAUCACUUUCAUCUUGCCAUUCUUGUUUCUUACGAAGUUUUUACUAUGUCAGAUUUUUAAAAGGUUCUCAGUAAUUUGAUCACAGCAUAUUCAUCCUGUUAUAGUUUUCAUUAUUUUUCAUUCCCACCAAGUUGGCUCUCUGGAUGCCCAAGUUCAUGCUCACCUUAAUGCCUUUGUUCAGGUUGUACUUUCUACCUAGAGUUGCUCUGGCCUCCCCCUUCUUCUUAUCAAAUAACACUCAAGCUGACCACUUCCAUAAAGCAUUUUGUUUGUACCCCAAACUAGCAUUCUGUGUUAUUUCAUUAUCUGUUGAUAUGUGUUAAAUCUCAACCUUCCAAUUGAACAAGAUACGUCUCUGACGGCACAGCUCAUGUCUGUACAUUUUUGCAAACGUCUGCUGUACACGUAUUCCUAGCAUUUAGUUGUCCUCAGUAUAUCCAGAUCAUUGUUGAGUCUUGAAUUGAGUCUUGAAAAACAGGUGGCAAGUGGAUCAUAUAUAUGAAAGAGGAAAAUGAAAGGCAGUGAUGAGAAGGGAAUGGAAUAAACUAUGCAGGAAUUUUAUGCUAUUUCCAGUUUUCUUGAAGAAUAAUUCAGAGGAUUAUAGGAAAGGUUUUAGAGCUAUGACGAUUUUAUUUCAUUCUCUUGGACUUUCACAAAGAAAUUAUUUUCCCAAGGAAAUGAAGUGGUGUUGUCUUUUCAAGUGAAUUUUGUUAAUCCAGUAAGUUUUCAUAUUUGCCUCUAAUCAGCUUCUUACCAUGAAAAUGAUUCUUGCUGCAUUAAAAUAAUUCUGUGCUCUA